AGGAAGGUUUAUAAAGCUCGUGUGAGCUCUCUCUGAAUAACUCCCAACUUGACUCUGCGACUGCAGCUUCAUCAGAUCAUCACAACAAAGAUGACUUUAUACCUUUACUUGGCUGUGUCCUUGCUGAUCUGCGGGCUGCUUGUGACACCUGCAACUGCUGGUCCCUGUUGCGAUGGUUGGACUCAUUUUGAAGAUCGCUGUUUCAGAGUAGUGGAUACUUCAGCGACUUGGAGUGAUGGAGAGUCAGCCUGCAUUUCACACGGUGCAAAUCUGGUCUCCGUCGAGAAUGAGCAUGAACACCAAUUCUUGAUGUCUUUGGCUCAUAAAUUCAGUCCCCAUGCUGGGGCUGUCUGGACUGGGGGCAAUGAUGCAGUUGAGGAGAACACCUGGAGAUGGAGCGAUGGUAGCCCAUUCAGUUAUCACAAGUGGAACGCAGGGGAGCCAAACAAUGUGGGUAAUGAAGACUGUAUGGAGAUGUACCUGAGAGUCUUGGCUUUCAAUGAUGUCAAGUGUGACAAAAUGAUGCCCUACAUCUGUGCUAAGGACGCAUAAUUGGAGCCAUGUCACAUCACCCUUGAUGACAAUGCCACUCACACCGAGAUGUCAUCAGUGCUGGAAAGUUUAAAGUUAAACUUAACCACAGCAAUUCUUCUCAAUUUAACAAAAAUCUCAUUCCUCAAUUAAAUAUUUCAGUCUACAGAUUGGGAUUUCCUUAAAGAACUUUCCUUGUGCAUUCAAUAAAGACAAAAAAAAAAAAAAAAA